GUCUACGCCGGAGUCGAUUCGGGGACCUUGACACGAUUUAGCCCCGCCUGAUACGUGUUAGCAUUCGCGAUUUAUCAAUCAGAUUGAAAUGAUAAUUAUCAAGAAAAUUAUCAAUAAGACACUAACUUAAAUUAUAGUGACUGUUCAGUGUUUUUGGACGUUAAUUACCACGUGGUUCAAAAGGCUAAAGCUGAAAAAAUAUUAUGGUUUGAGAAAAUGUGCUGAUCACCACAAGAUGGCUGUUAUCGUCGUACUGUUGGCGCUUCAUUUAGCCGUCGCAGCUGCGGGAAAUUGUACUACAGGCUUCUCAGUAGUAGCACCGGAAGUUGCUGUUCCAGGAAAAACAACAGCUAUCCUUGUCACACUUCAUGGUAGAGCUGAAGAUGGCAAAUUGGAUCCGUUGAACGUAACAGUGAGGCUGGAGACUCAAGAUGAUAAUAAUGACGUAAAGUUAUUGACCACUGCCAGUCAGAUGAUUACAGGUUAUGGAAUUAUUCCAUUGAAGAUACCGUCAUCGCCGGCUACUCACUGCACCCUUCACACCACAGUCGGCUGCGUCGGGAAUGACGAGUGUACUGCUAAAAGUCACAGUGUCAUUCGAUUGCUGGGACCAGUUCGGGACGUUAUAGUUCGACCUGCCCGACAUCAUUACCGUCCGGGCGAAACAAUUACAUUCUGGAUUCUUGCUUUGGACCACGAUCUUCGCUUGGUGAGACACGAAAUCGCAUAUGUCGCUCUAAGUGAUCCUGCUGGGACUAAAGUUGCCAUAUGGGAUCAACUGUCUAUGGAUGAAGGUGUACGCAAGCUUAGCGCAAUUCUGGCCGCUGGAGGACGUUCUGGAACAUGGCGGAUCGAGGCUCGCUGUGGUGGAAGCUCUGCACGCGUGGAGCUUACUGUUGGUUCCGGAUUAGGCAGUACAACUCCAGCUACCCCAGCUGCUGAACAACACUACGUGGAAUUGAAAUUCGCAGACAGCAUGCGUCGUAGAUACAAGCCUGGAUUACCAUUUGUUGGUAGAGUUGAAGCAAUGAGUACUGAGAAGAAAGUUCGAGUCCGAGUAAAGCUGUAUGAUGAUAAAACAGACAUCUACAGUCAAGAUAUCGACAUGUCCACUGGUGAAGGCGGCUUUAUCGUACCAACUGUGAUGGCUGACGCUCCAUACGUGAACUUACAAGCGGAGUUGGUGGCUGUUGAAGGCAAAGAAAUAGAAACACACUACGUGCUGGCUCGUGAGCGAAUUCGUCGCUGGAACUCGACGUCCAAGUGUUAUCUCCUCAUCGAGAACUUGCCAACACCAUUACAGGCUGGUGGCAUUGCAAGUGCAAGUGUGUGGUCGUCUUGUGGAUGUCGACAAAGGUUGCUGGCAGCUGUUACUAGCGGUGGCCGUGCCGUCCACUGGGCAGCUGUUCCUGCGCCCAAUCCAAGUGACAACAAUGAUUUAUGCCGCUUCAAUUAUACGUUUCCCGUGACAGCUGACAUGGCGCCGGUCAGUUCACUGCUCGUCUACUAUGUCACAGAGGCGGGUGAGCCUGUGAGUGACGUCGCUAGCUUUCACGUCCGACUCUUGCAUAAGGAGGUAGUGGUAGCGGUAGAAGAACGGCGCUGGUGGUAUCCGAGAGCAGCUUUACAAUUACGAGUAUUAGCUCCUACUGAUUCCUUGAUGUGCUUAAUCGGCGCUCGAGCACCUCCGGACUCCCGUUUCGACGUCCAUCAAACUUCAAACGAUCAUGAAGAGCAGCCUGGUCCAGAAUUUGUGUCAGCGGGGGUAUCGCUAUUCGUUGGUGGUGGAGCUUGUGGUGGUGGCGUCCUCUACCGUCAGAAAACUGCGCCUGCACCGCAAGCACCAGCUCACCUUGUUCCUCCAGCUACCCAUGAUAGAUUGUGGAUGUGGAAAUGUUUCAACUAUACGACCCAAUUAUCAACUGAUGGAGUAACAAUCGCAGCGCCAUCAGAAGCUGGUCGAUGGUCGCUUUGGGCGCUGUCACUAUCGAACCGUGGUCUUCGCUUCUCAGCUCCGAGAACUAUUAAUGUCUUCCGGCCGAUACAGCUAGACUUCUCACUCCCGUCGGCACUAAAGGUCGGCGAGACGGUGGAAGUCGACGUGAAAAUUACUAACAACAUCAAUAAUUGCAUGGAUGUGACGGCUUUACUAGCGCUUAGCGCUGGCGCAGCAUUCGCAAGCACCGGAGCGCUGUAUGUAACGGAACGACUAAGGCUCGGACCUCGUGGAGGAACUCAAUUAGUUGUACGUGUUGCUGUCAAUACUCCAGGGAGAAAAAAUAUUACCGUGGAAGUAACUGGGUAUAGCGCUGACAAUUGCUCUGUAUCUUACACCUCUUUCAACAAUGAGACAUUAGUUGGAUCAGUUAUUCGAUCUGCAAGUGUGUUGGUACUUCCCGAAGGCUUACAUAGAAGUGAUACGCAGAGCGCGUACUUUUGCGCUAACGAACAUUUAGCUGUUUCUUCUCGUGGUUCAUGGGAAUGGCAAUGGGUGGCAGCCCCACGUAAUCGGGCAGGAUUAGUAUUAGAACUAAAAGCUCAAGGUGCCGCUCACGUUGCGCUUUCAUCAAAUCGGGAACCAUCAGAUGACAUGUACAGGGUUGUAUUUGAAAGAACUCGUGUCUGGAUUGCUAAAGGAAAACAUGGGUAUGACGUUCAUUUAGCAAGUGCAGAACAAACGGAAAGUGAUGAGGAAUGUGCUGGGGCUGAUUCCUGGUGCGCUUGGUGGGUAUGGUGGGAAGGUGGUAGAUUGUCAGUUGGAAGAGGAGCUGCUCCAUCUGAGAGAAGACUAUUGGUGUGGCCAUUGACUUCUGAUAUGAGGAUAAAAUAUGUCGGUUUCAGUGCUUUGUGGGGUGAUAAAGCUGAUUUCAGAAUAUGGAACUUCAACGAAGAGGCUGGUUUUUCCCAAGUGCUUGAGCUUGGUCUACCACAUGGCGUAGUUCCUGGAUCAGCUAGUGGAACAUUACUCGUGUCUGGUGGUCUACAUUUACCGUUAUACAGUCUUCAGACAGAUGUUUCUGAUCAAUGGGCAGAUGUUUGGAGAGAUUCGCAAUUGUCAGCUGCUUCUGCCAGCCUAGCGCCAUUGUUAGCGUUAGAACACAUCCCACAUCUAGUUGACGAGGCUGAAAGGGAGAAGAUUUUGAAGAAAUUACCAGAACAGGUUCAAAUUCUUCUAUCUUUUCGGAAAAGCGACAAUUCUUUUAGCGACCAUCCAGCAAUAAGCAGUCACUUAUCAACCAUUAAAAUAUUAGAAAUUCUUAAUAAAAUACAAUCUUACUAUCCAAUUGAUCCAGAACUCUUAAAAUCUAUUAAAGACUGGAUUCAGUCAAGACAAAAUCAAGAUGGAUCGUUCACACCUUUGGCAGCUGAUAAAGAAGUCGAUUACUAUCCAGUUGAAAUAAAGAAUGUUAAUAGUACUGACAAAGAAGUCGAUGUAAAUGAGUACUAUUACUAUGACAGAGAUGGAAAUAUGACUGAAGAUGAAAUAGAAUGGGAGCGAACAGUGGAAGUUACAGCUGAAACUUUGGUAUCGUUAUUAGAAGUUGGUGUUGAAGAUCAAUUGGAUGCGGAUAUAGCUAAAAAAGCUCAGACAUAUUUGGAGAAAAAUCUAUAUAAUUUGACUUCACCAGCCGCUUUAGCUGCUACAGUAUUGGCUCUUGUUUUAGCGAGGAGCCCAAUUGUUCCCGAAGCCUUAGUAAUCUUGCGAAACGCGUCAACUACCGAAGAGGGAGAGUUUGGUUGGCCAGCUCCAAGAAAAGAUGCUGCUGAUUGGCUACUUGAAGAAACUUCACGGAACAUCAAGACUACGUCAUAUGAAGCGGUAACAAUGGAACAAUACGUAGCUGGGGUUAGAGUUCUUCUAGCAGCUUGCGCUCGAGGAGCUCUCGCUGAAGGAGAGGCAGCUGCAAGAUUCUUAUACUAUAGAGCUUCAACACUUCAACGUCAUCCUAGCCUUGCAUAUACUGCUACAAAAGCUGCUGCUCAAUAUGCUGCACUAGCUCAUGACAGACAUCGCGCACUCACCGUAUCACUUGCAACAGCCGGCAUGGAAUUAACUGAUACAUUGGAACUGCGAGCCAAAACUCCACCUCGUCCUUUACAGCUACCUGGGCUACCCACAAAAGUAUUUGUAUAUGCCACUGGGGCUGGAUGUGCUACAGUGCAGGGCACCAUAACUUAUUCAACUUAUACGCCGAAACCAGAAAAUGCACUUUUAAACAUCCAAUCUGCUAUUAUUGAAGAAAUACGCCCUGAAAGAAGUAGCCUUGAAGAUUUACAAGGAAAUUUACCCACAUUAAUUAUUAAAACAUGCUUCAAAUGGAAAGGAAAAGAACGAUCAGGAAUCCUUCGUCUUGAAACGUCGCUCUUCUCUGGUUAUGAAUUGCACUCGGUCAAUCCAGUCGUAUUAGAUGGCGCUACAUUCGCUGAUCUGCAUUAUGGUUCAAGAGGCGAAUCUGUAUGGUUCGUUUUUGCUAAUAUUAGUUCAACCUGUCCAGUUUGUGCAACAUAUGAGGCAAGAUCUAAAUUCGUCAUUACUAGCCUCCGUCCAGCUUUUGCCAAAAUAUAUCCUUCUAGCAGACCUGACUUAGCCGUCGAAACAUUCUUCCAUGCGAAACCAGGAAGUCCAUUACUUCGAGGAAUUACUGAUGAUGAUUUCAUAACAUGGUUUGAUAAAACUCAAAUCGCUAGCCUUAAAGCUAGCGCAAAUAUCGACAACAUAUGUGAAUGUGGGCGUAUUUGUAGCAGAGAUUAUGAAUUCAGAAAAGAUUAUGAAAAAAUACACGACAUUAAAGCUGAAACAACCAGUACUACUACUGACAUUACUACUACUGACAUUACUUCUACAGAAUUGCGUACAUCUGAUUCUGGCAACACUGUGACAUCAACGGAGCCAACAUCAACUGUAGGCAAAGGAGAGUACUCAACUAAUCUUUCUGUUUCUGUUGAAUUUAGGGAUGGUCUGAUAAAUGAUUCUACGAAUGUAUCAAUUGUUAAUACUAUGAUUGCAGCAACAACUGCUAAGGAUGAGCUAAGUACUAAAAUAUCAGAUGACCCGAUUAUCAUACCAACGGUAACAUACGUUAAUGAUACUGAAAAUCAGAAAACUGAUAACAAUAUUCAACCGAACAUUCCAAAAAUGAAUGGAGAACUUAUUAUACAAAAAUUACCAAUAUCUAAAAGUUAUGGAAAGAAACCCGAUUUAUAUAAGAAACCAUUGCCAAGGCGUAAAGGCACUCUCAAAGCUACUUAUGGUGAUAAACACGACAAAUUUUUCAUCAAAUCAAAACCAAUUGAAGCCCUUUCAAUAAAUAAUACAAAUAUUUCAUUACAACAAAAUAAAACACACGAUGCCGAUAUUUUGGUAAGUGAGAAAAAUGAAAUUACAACGCAAAAAUCAGAGAUAUUAGUAAAAGAAGAGCAAAAUUUAAUGAACACCAGCUCAAGCAUCACCACGAUAAACCAGGAACAGAUACAAAUAAAAGAAAAACCAGUGUCAACUGGUAAUAAUAAUCAUCAGGGAACUACGUCAAUUCCUCACACAAUAGCGGCUAUAACAAAGACAAAUAUUAAAACGAUGCAUUAUAGAACAAAGAAACCGAAACCUAAAACGCAAAUAAAAAAACCAAUCAUACAUUCAAAUCAAACGGACGAAAAACAAAUUGAUGAUAAUAAAACAGUCAAGCCUGAAUUAAUUGUGAAUAAAACUAAAAUAAAAGUUAUCACUGAUAAAUAUAUUGCAAAACCAUUGAAAUCUAUCAAUAAAGAAAUUCACAAAAUACCAUCAGCUCCAGUUUCUGAAACAUCUAAAUCCCUAAACAAACCCGUAAAGAUUGAUAUUGCACCUGAAAAUAAAGGUGGUUUUGAGAUAUUAGACAAAAACAAUCUUUGGGAAUUACUAAAAGAAGGUACCGAUCAUAACAGCUCAAAAAUUGAUGAUAAAAUUCAAGUACAUAAUAGAUUAAACGACGUGUCAAAUUUAACACAGAAUAAUAAUAAUCGUUCUUUAUAAGCUCUGUUGUUAUAUAAUAUUUAAGGCACAAAGACAUCAGCAUAUUUUUAUAAUAUUCACUCCCACAUUAAGAGAAAUUGGUGAAACUAUUAAAAUUCAGGUCAAAUUAGAGCACAUUCAUUGUUGAUUCUUAGAUCGGUAAAGUUGCACUAAUUAUUUAUAAUUGUUUAGAAUAAUGUGUUCUGUAAAUAAAGGAGUGAAUGCGUAAUUGGAUGAGGAUAAUAGGAAAGUUAUGCGCUGUGACUAUUAAAAUAUAUCUGUCUGUAAUAUUCUUAUGCUCAAAGCCUGAAAUAUAUGAAAUAGUAACUAAUAUUUCGAUCUCUUAAGACAAAAGUAAGCUUCCAAAUUUUUUAAUUAAUACAAUAACAAGUAUAAACUUUUAUGCCUUAAAAUAUAAACAAAGUUUUAAAACGAUAACCCAUGUAAAGCUAAUUAAAAAAAAAGCAUAACUUAGAAUAUGCUAGAGUUGCUGAUUAAGUAAGUUAUUUAAAUUAAUUUUAUCUUAAAACGUAUUGUUAUUAAGGAUUUAAUUAUAAACAAUGUCUAAAUUAUUCUAUUUAAUAAGAAUUUUUGACUGUAUAAGUUCAAUGGUUGUAAAAGUAUAUAAUUUUUAGUAUAGAAUAAUCUUUAAACUAAGAUAAAUUUUGUAUAUAGUUUCCUAGUUGCCAAGCCCGAUUGAAUAUGAUAGAAUUUUCUAGCUCUAUGUCUUCUUAGAUCAUAUUCGUAUUUACCCUCUAGUGAUUGUAUAACAUAGAUUUUAGCAUAAUUAUGCGAUGCCCCAGAAUUUCCAUCCGUCUAAUCUAUUCUUCUGUAUCUAUUGUAUGUAACGUAGUUUCUUAAACCGGCGCUAGACAUUCGUCGACGUUCAACUAAAGCAGUGUAUUCACGAUAUUUUGCGAAUGCACUUGCAUAUUUUAUAGUAAUCGUCGAAUGUUUGGUAGUAAAUAUUCGUAAGAUGUCAUCGGUAUAAUAUUCAGAGAAUGUUUGCACUGUUUGGGCGCCGGUCUUACUGUAGCUGUUCUUAGAUGCUUAUGUUGUAUUUGUUAGAUUAGAAAUUUAUCUUUUCCUAGUAUAUACUAUUUACCUUAACCUCUAGAAUCUACUCUAUUGCGUCUUUAUAGUGUUACCUAUCUAGUACUCGGGUUCUUUAGAUUCAUAUUCAUUUUCCUUUUAUAAUAGGCUUAUAAU